AUGGAAUCCAAUGGAAUUUUUCCUACAAUAAACAAUGGAUUUAUAGGUGUAGAAAACCCUUCAAAACAACAACAAAAUUCUCAUUCUCACACUUUGCAUCAUCAUCAUCAUCACCAAAUGGUUUCCUAUGAUCAACCACAUCAAUCAAUAAAACAAACCUAUCCUUCUUACUCAUCAAAAACCAUCAACAACAACAACAACAAACAAAUCAACCUCAGCGAUGAGGACGAGCCGUGUUUCGGAGCCGACGAAGCCUCUGGUGGUGACCCGAAGAGAAAAGGAUCGCCAUGGCAUAGAAUGAAAUGGACAGAUACAAUGGUAAGGCUCUUAAUAAUGGCGGUUUAUUACAUCGGUGACGAAGCGGGUAUUUCGGAGAUAGGUGUUGAUAAUAAAAAGAAAGUGAGUGGCUUGUUACAGAAGAAAGGUAAAUGGAAAUCGGUUUCUAAAGGAAUGAUGGAGAAAGGAUACUAUGUUUCGCCUCAACAAUGUGAAGACAAGUUCAAUGAUUUGAACAAAAGGUACAAAAGGGUUAAUGAUAUUAUCGGAAAAGGAACAGCUUGUAGGGUUGUUGAGAAUCAAAGCUUGUUGGAUAGUAUGGAUUUGUCUGCGAAACUUAAAGACGAAGCAAGAAAGCUUUUGAAUUCUAAGCAUCUUUUCUUUAGAGAAAUGUGUGCUUAUCAUAAUAGUUGCGGCCAUGGGAACAACCCUUUGCAGCAGCAGCAACAGUCUUCGAACGAGACUCAACCCCAACAACAGCAGCAGCAACAACAGCCUCAGCAGCAGCAGGAACAACAAUGUUUGCAUUCAUCGAAUGCGGUGGGAAUUUUAAAACUGAAAAGAAAAAGCGGAGGAGAAGAGGACGAGGAUGAAGACGAAGAGGAUGAAUGGGAGGAGGAUUCUGAGGAGGAGGAAGAAGAGUCCGGUGAAGAUGAGAAUAACGAUAAUUUGAGGAAGAAGUCGAGGAAGGUUUCGGGUUCGGUUUCAUUAACGGUGAUGAUGCAACAGCUGAGUAGUGAAGUGAUGAAUGUGUUGCAAGAUGGAGUGAAGAGUUGUUGGGAGAAGAAGCAAUGGAUGAAGAAGAGGGUUGUGCAGUUGGGAGAAGAAAAGGUGAACUAUAAUGUUGAAGCGUUUGAGAUUGAGAAACAAAGGUUGAAAUGGGAGAGGUUUAGUGGUAACAAAGAGAGGGACAUGGAGAGACAGAAGCUUGAGAAUGAAAGGAAGUGUUUGGAGAUUGAUAGAAUGGUUUUGUUGCUUCGGCAGAAGGAGAUUGAAUUGGAUAAUACUCAGCAGAUGCUGCAGCAACAGCAGCAUUCUUCUACUUAG